AUGGGUAGUUCCAGGUCUAAGGGAUUCCUCAACAUGAAACCUCCAGUUUUCACAGGGUCCAGAAAGGAUGAGGAUCCGAAAAACAUCAUUGAUGAUGUUAAAAAGAUAUUUCAAGUGAUGCAUGCUAUAGACACUGAGGCAUCAGAGCUUGCUGCAUACCAGCUAAAGGAUGUUGCUAACACUUGGUAUGAAACACGGGAAGAGUCCCAAUGGGAGGAUGCGGCUCCUACAACUUGGAAGGAAUUUGCAGAUGCGUUUCUUGAGCAUUUUCUACCCAUUGAGGUCUUGGAAGCUAAGGCUUUAGAGUUUGAGAGACUCAAAAAGAAUGAUAUGAGUGUAAAUGAGUACUACCUCAAAUUCGUCUCUCUAGCCAAAUAUGCUCCAGAAAUGGUAUGUGAUAUGAGGGCCAGAGUUAGGUGGUUUGUUUUGGGGCUUUUGGAUGACCUAUUUACUGAUGCUAAUAUAGUUGUUCAGAACAGUGACAUGACCAUUACUAAAAUGGGCCACUUCUUGAGGGAUUAUCCAUUAGCAAAGCAGAACAAUGGAGGCAAUGUAGCUCAGUCCACUAAUUUAGCAGCCCCUCAGAACUUUCAGGCCCAACAAGGGUGUGGUGCAACAAAGUCUGGUAAUACGGGUGGUGGUCGGAACCACUUGUAUGCGCUGGUAGGCCGUCAGGAUAUAAAGGCUCGUGGAGAUGUUGUCACAAGUAUGCUAACAGUCUUCACCUUUGAUGUUUACGCUUUUAUGGAUUCGGGAUCCACCUUAUCUUAUGUAACCCCAUAUAUUGCUAUGAAAUUUGGGAUAGAACCAGAAAAGUUGUGUGAACCCUUUGAAGUGUCCACUAUAGUUGGAGAAUCUGUUAUAGCUAGACGUAUCUAUAGUGGAUGUCCAUUUAAAGUGUAUCAUCGCCCUACUGUAGCAGACUUAGUAGAAUUUGAGAUGGCAGACUUCGAUGUAAUCAUGGGCAUGGAUUGGUUAUGCCACAGUGGGUUGUAG